AUGAAAAUUUUUUUCUUUCAAAACCAUUCUUUCUUUCUUUUUCUUUCUUUCUUUCUUUCUUUCUUUCUUUCUUUCUUUCUUUCUUUCAAAACCGUUCUUUCUUUCUUUCUUUCUUUCUUUCAAAACCAAUUUUUGUUUUCUAUUUGGUUGUUCUUUCAUUUCCUUCUUUUUCUUCUUCUUUUUCUUCUUUCUCUUCUUUUUUUCUACUUUCUCUUCAUUUCCUCUUUUCGUUUCUUCAUCCUCUUUUCCUUCUUUUUCUUCUCCUCUUAUUUUCCUUUUCUUCCCCUCCUCUUUUUCUUCCAUCUUCUUAUUAUUAUUCCUCCUCUCUUCUUUCCAUUUCAUUUUCUUCCUUUUUUCUCCUUUCUUCUUCUCCAACCUCCUCUUCUUUUCCUUUUCUUCGUUCCCCUCCUCUCCUUUUCUCUUCUUAUUCUUAUUCCUCCUCCCCUUCUUCCCCUUCCUUUUCUUCCUUUUUCUCUUUUCUUCUUUGUUUUCUUCUUCUUCUUCUUCUUCUUCUUCUUCUUCUUCUUCUUCUUCUUCUUCUAUACCUCCCUUCUUUUCAUUUUCUUAUUUUUCAAUACACUUCUUUUUUCUCUUCUUAUUCUUAUUCCGCCUCCCCUUCUUUCCCUUUUUUCUUCCUUUUUCUCUUUUGAAUUAAAAAUUCUUUGUUUUCUUCUUUUUCUUCUUCUCCAACCUCCCCUUUUCAUUUUCUUCGUUCCCUUCCUCUUCUCCUUUUCUCUUCGUAUUCCUCCCCCUCUUUUUUCCCUUGCUUUUCUUUCUUUUUCUCUUUUCUUUUUUGUUUUCUUCUUUUUCUUCUUCUCCAACCUCCUCUUCUUUUCUUUUUCUUCAUUCCCCUCCCCUUCUCUUUUUCUCUUCUUUUUAUUCUUUCUUCUCCUUUUCUUUUUUUCUCUCCUUUUUCUUUCAACCUCUUCUUUUCUUUUCUUCCUUCCCCUCCCCUUCUUCUUUUUUCUUCCUUCUUCUUCUCUUCUUCUUUCUUUUCUUCUUUCUCCCCUUCUUCCUUUUCUUCUUCUCCACCCUCCUCUUCUUUUCUUUUUCUUUCCUCCUUCUCCUUUCUUCUUCUUCUUCUUAGUAGUCGCGACCAUCUUUUGUUUAAUUUUUUUUAUCUAUCUAUCUAUCUAUCUAUCUAUCUAA